AGGAAUACGGAGUGCUUUGCAUUCAGGAAUACAGAAAAAACAGCAAAGUGGAGUCAAGUACAUGUAACAGCUUCAUGGGCUUGAAGGAUCAUCUGGGGCAUGACCUAGGCCACCUUUAUGUGGAGAGCAGUGACCCACAUUUAAGCACAUCUGUAUCUUGGUCAAUGGUAGAAAAACCAACAAUGGAUAAAGUUAAUUCCGGGAAGGAAGAUAAAGACGUGUCUGAAGAGAAUGUGAGCUCUGGGGACUCUGAAGAAAGCGCAAAUUCUGAUAAUGAGUCAGAACAAUUGAGUAGCGUUUCAGUAGAGCCAUGCUUAUUCACUCACAGACUGCUCUCUAGGUCUCCCUGUUUAGAGCCUCACAUACUCAAACACAGUGAAAUUUUGCAAGACUUUAAACCCGAAGAGUCCCAGACUACAUCCAAGGAAGUGAAGAAACUCCCUGAUGUGGUGCGAGAAUACCAAACGAAGCUGGAGUUUGCACUUAAGUUAGGCUAUUCUGAAGAACAGGUUCAGCUUGUGCUCAACAAACUUGGUACCGAUGCUUUAAUCAAUGACAUUUUGGGAGAACUUGUCAAACUUGGAAAUAAAAGUGAGGCUGAACAAACAGUUAGUACAAUUAACAGUAUAAUGCGGGAAACAUCUUCCCUGGAAUCUCAGCGGUCUGAAUCUCCAAUGCAAGAGAUGGUAACAGAUGACGGGGAAAACCUGAGACCAGUGGUUAUCGAUGGCAGCAAUGUGGCAAUGAGCCAUGGAAACAAAGAAGUAUUUUCCUGCCGAGGAAUAAAAUUGGCCGUGGAUUGGUUUUUGGAAAGAGGCCACAAAGAUAUUACAGUUUUUGUUCCUGCUUGGAGAAAAGAGCAAUCCCGCCCUGAUGCUCUCAUUACAGAUCAAGAAAUUCUGCGUAAACUGGAGAAGGAGAAAAUUCUGGUGUUCACACCGUCCCGGCGAGUCCAGGGGAGGCGCGUGGUGUGCUACGACGACAGGUUCAUCGUGAAGCUGGCUUUCGAGUCGGACGGUAUCAUUGUGUCCAAUGAUAACUACAGGGAUUUGGCUAAUGAAAAACCAGAAUGGAAGAAGUUCAUAGACGAGCGAUUAUUGAUGUAUUCAUUUGUCAAUGACAAAUUCAUGCCCCCUGAUGACCCUCUUGGCAGACACGGCCCAAGCCUGGAUAAUUUUCUGAGGAAGAAACCUAUCAUUCCUGAACACAAAAAGCAACCUUGUCCAUACGGGAAGAAGUGUACCUAUGGACACAAGUGCAAAUAUUAUCAUCCUGAAAGGGGCAGUCAGCCUCAGCGGUCAGUGGCUGAUGAACUUCGUGCCAUGUCUAGAAAUACAGCAACCAAAACUUCAAAUGAAGGAGGACUGGUGAAGAGCAACAGCGUUCCCUGCAGCACCAAGGCCGAUAGCACUUCUGAUGUCAAACGAGGCGCUCCAAAGAGGCAAUCGGAUCCAAGCAUAAGGACUCAAGUCUACCAAGACCUAGAGGAAAAGCUUCCUACCAAAAACAAAUUGGAAACCAGGUCUGUCCCUUCCUUAGUUAGUAUACCGGCUACUUCUACUGCAAAACCCCAAAGCACUACAUCUUUAAGCAAUGGCCUUCCAGCUGGAGUUCAUUUCCCACCUCAGGAUCAAAGACCCCAGGGACAAUAUCCUCCAAUGAUGAUGGCAACCAAAAAUCAUGGAACGCCAAUGCCUUAUGAACAGUAUCCAAAAUGUGACUCGCCUGUUGACAUUGGAUAUUAUUCCAUGUUGAACGCAUAUUCAAAUCUGAGUAUCUCAGGCCCACGAAGUCCUGAAAGGCGUUUCUCCUUAGACACAGAUUAUAGGAUAAGUUCUGUAGCUUCGGACUGCAGCAGUGAAGGGAGCAUGAGCUGUGGGAGCAGUGACUCAUACGUGGGGUACAAUGACCGGUCCUAUGUCAGUUCUCCUGACCCGCAACUGGAAGAGAAUUUGAAGUGUCAACACAUGCACCCUCACAGCCGCCUUAAUUCCCAACCCUUUCUGCAGAAUUUCCAUGACCCCUUAACCAGAGUGCAAAGUUACAGUCAUGAAGAACCAAAGUACCAUCACAAGCAUCCUCUUCCACACCUGGCUAUGCAUCUGCAGCACCCAGCUGUGGGGGCCCGGUCCAGUUGUCCUGGCGAUUACCCCUCUCCUCCAAGUUCAGCACACUCGAAGCCACCACACCUAGGGCGGUCCUUAGUGGCCACAAGAAUAGACAGCAUUUCUGACUCUCGGUUGUAUGACACUUCUCCUUCAAGACAAAGAAAGCCUUACUCCCGCCAGGAAGGGCUGGGAAGCUGGGAUAGGCAGAGUUAUGGGAUUGAUGCGUAUGGCUAUCGGCAGACUUACUCCUUGCCUGAUAACUCCACACAGCCAUGUUACGAGCAGUUCACCUUCCAGAGCCUACCUGAACAGCAGGAGCCGACUUGGCGAAUACCAUACUGUGGAAUGCCACAAGAUCCUCCAAGGUACCAAGACAACCGAGAAAAGAUUUAUAUCAACCUGUGCAACAUCUUCCCGCCUGACCUUGUUCGAAUCGUCAUGAAAAGAAACCCUCACAUGACAGACGCCCAGCAGCUGGCUGCAGCCAUUUUAGUGGAGAAAUCACAGCUGGGUUAUUGAAAGAUGAUGCAUCUUUGUGGUGUUUAGUAGUUUCUGUUCAGCUCAAAUGCUGAGGGAGGUUUGCUACAAUAGCACAUGUGAUCUCCUUCUCAGCAAGGAGGUUAUAUAGUAUCCAUUUAUGUGAAAUACUGUAUCAUGGAAUCUGUAUGUAUAGCCCCACAUAGUGGAAGUCUCACAGGAUUGCUUUACAUUCAAACUUUUUUUUAACAUUUCCUUUUUAAAGCUAUAUCCUUGGCUGGAAAUUUUUCCAGUGUGAUUUACUAGAUGUAUCUGUGAUCUUUGAUAUUAAUCUUUGGUGCAUCAGGGGUUUAUAUGCAGCACUUUUUAUCCUUGUUUCAUGUUUUAUUAACUUGGUGUUUGUCUAUCAAUUGCAAGCAAUUACAAUACCUUCAGAAUAUUGGACAUUUGACUAGACCUAGCCAACUGUUUUUUCAAGCCAAGCUUAAUUGGAAUCUUUUACAGCUUUUUAAGUUAUUUUUAUUUGGGGAAAGUGGGCUUCUUUGUGCUAUAAUCAUUAUUUAUAGAAACAAAGUUAUACUACAGCACUGACUUUAUAUUUUAAACAAAAUGUAAGUUACCAGUUUAUGUUGAAAUGGGUAACAGUAUAUAUUAGAAUGAUUUACAAUAUGGCACUUUUCAUUGUUUUAUUUUGGUUUGGAUUUUUUUUCUGUUAAGUAAUUAGUUAAUUUAAUAUGGUUGAUUUAAAGGAAAGCAGAUGCAAUCAAUGGAAAAAAUUGUUUCCAUUUUUUUUUUAAAGAAUAAGGCAAAAGCCGUAACUGUUACAGUUUAGAGCUUUGUCAUCUAGCUGUGAUGUGCUUCUAGACAGUAGAGAUGGAAUUGAAUUCCUAGAUUUCCAUUAACCUGUAUUUUUAAUGUUUGUCUUUUUGUUUGGGGGCACAACAAUACUGGAUAAAAUAACCCUUUCACAGUACUUGCCUGUUUUUAAUGAAUCUAAUUAUUCUCAAUGCAACUUUUAUAUUUAAUAUACUCUUUAGCUUUCCUGCUAUUUAUCAAGGCUCGCCUGAGGUGGUUCUAUGUGUUGAGGAUAUGCAACAUUUAUUGAUACUGCACUAUGGAUAUGGUGACGGAGGAGUUGUAAAUGGUAACUUAAAGUUUUUGUAAGAUACUGUAUAUUUUCCAUUUUCCUGAAGGUAGUUUUUUGGGGGGCCUGUUAUAUUAUUAAGGCCAGAUUCUUGCCACAAAUAGUGUAGUUUUAGAUACAGACUAAAGUCUGUUCUAGUAUUAGUAAGGGAUAUUUCUGGUUUCAAAGUCAUGGGUUUUGCUAGACGUGAAUUCAUUUUUGUCAGUUAGGAGAUAGUUACUGCAAUCAGUGGCAGACAGUCGUGUGAUUGACAGAGCUUCGCCUUUGCCUCCAGUCUUUGAAUCUUACUUAGUGUAACAGACUCAUUCUGACCUGCUUCUGUAGUCUGCCUAGACGCCUGGUUAUUCUGAUUAUUCUACAUGCUCCAGUUUGAAGUAAAGCCCUGAAAAACCAGAAAGUACCUUUUACUGUUGAUACAAAUUGUAUCUUUUUAACUAUAAGAACUAUUUGAUUUGUAGAUCUAGUUAAAACACAAGUGCGUAACUAUGAUUAGACUUUUGGGCAACAUUUUAUCCCUUAUUUAAAUACAAAUUUUUAAAGUAAAAUUGAAGUCUAGAAUAGCGUAGAAAAUAAAAGUAACAAUUUAGGUAAAUAAAAGUGUCUGUCUUAGUUUUAUAUAUUAAAAUAUAUUAAAUAAAUUUAUUGGCAUUUUCUUUCUCCUAAAACUUACCUAGUGUGAACUUAACUUAAAAUAAAGGUAAAAUGCUGCCUGAAAAUAAUGUCCAAGCACCUUUGACUAGGAUAACAUUUUCACUACUUGUGUGACACUGUGUGUUGCACGAAGUAGGAUUUGGGUAUUACAGUAAAUGCUUCUAAAAGGCAUUGUGCUUAUUGACAUAUCCAAUAAUCUGAACCGUGUUCAGCAAACUUAAUUCAGGAAAGUGGUGUUCUACACAAUUAUUGCUGUUGUUUUUGAGGUGAGUGUGGCCCUCAUCUGUACCCAGAAAUAAUUUGGAUGGUGCCGCACACACCAUUCUGAGUGGUGUCUGUCUGAGAGCGACCCUACUCACUCGUGAAAUUGUUCUCCUGAUUGUCACUAUCUGUAGAACAAGUUUAAAUGUAGAGGCUAAACCAGUGCCAAAAAUAGGGUUACAAAAGUGUAGUACCUUUUAUUUUAGUCAUAUUAUAAACCUUCUUUUUGUUAGUAUGAAAUCAUUUUUAAAUCUACUUGUAAGUUUUGCUUCCAUUUUUUUAAUUUUUGCAUUUUAAUUAUUUGAAGAUUCUGCCAAACUUUACUAAGUUUAUUUAAUGAGAUCUUAGGUGAAAUGUAUAUCAGACCUUUAAUCUGACCUCCUAAUGUUUUUAGCUGACGAUUUGUCAUUGCUUCAUGGAUUUUAGACUGUGGAGAAAGAGUGUAGCUUGUCGCCACUUGUCCCGAAGUGAAUAGCUCUGAACUGCCCACACUGAAAUUCUUCAGUAUAAUUAAUAGUGAGUUAAGAAAUAGCAGUUUUCUUAUGUCAAGAGGACAGUUUGUCCCUCUUUUUUUGAAGCACCAGUGUUGCUUUCAGAGCUGAAGAAUGAGAUAUUUGGCAGACUUGAGACAGCAAAUUCUUAGUUAUCUAAAGCAAUAAGUAAAUGGAUCCAUUAUUAAAUUAAAUCCAUAGCUGAUCCCAAACCUUCGACUUUUACCUUAAUCGUAUCUUUUACCAGACUUGCUAGCAAAUAACUGGAGAGAGCUGUGUUAGUAAGUAGUGAAACUGCCAGAAGUGGUCAAGUGAUAGAAGAGAAAGGAUUCAGAUGGAAUAUUCUGCCCCUCAAUGAUUGACAGCUGACUGUACUCGACACAGUAAUUAGCCAGUUCGUUGUCUCUGUGUCUUAGUACAGAGGGAAUAGUACCCACGUGGCCAUAUACUGGCCCUUAGUAUUUUCUCCUUUCUUGCAUGUGGUACGUAAAUUUUCAGUCUCCUUUUUAUGAUCUCUAUAUCCUGAUAGAGUUUGUCAUUGACCUAAACAUUUGAAAGAAAUGCACACCAGUAUAAAAUAUUUGAUACUGUUAGAAACUUGAACUUUGUGUUUUUAUGAAAAUUCAUUUAUGAGAAUAUGUAAUAUAAUUAAAAAGAGCAUUUUUAUAAAUAUAUAUAUACAUACCUGCAUACAUAUUUGUUAUGAAGUAUUAACAAUAGGAGGGUGUUAUGCUUUUGAUGGCUGAUUUUUCCUUAAUUAAACUAUGUUUCUUUGAGUUGUGGAUGACCAAGUCUGGAGUCUGGAUGACCAAUGAUAAGAUUUAGAACCACUAAAAUGGAAAGCAACUCUUCACUGGUUU